AGAAAGCUGCGUGGUCUGAGGUCCGGGAUGCCCUCAGUAUGGCGUCUCAUUGUCCGCAGCGCAAAAGUGGUUUACCAUCUGGCGACGAAGACUGCCUCUAUCUGAACGUAUAUGGCCCUGGAACACCAUCGCAGAAUGCAACAAAGAAGGCUGUUAUGGUGUGGAUUCAUGGUGGAUGUUUCACAGAAGGUAGUGGCGAAUCCGCGAAACCGAACUACUUUGUGGACAACGAUGUAAUAGUGGUCAGCAUAAACUAUCGUCUGGGACUGCUUGGUUUCUUAAGCACCGGUGAUGGAGUGGUUCCUGGGAACAUGGGCCUUAAGGACCAGGCAGAGGCACUUCGCUGGGUACAGAGGAACAUAGCGGCGUUUGGUGGUGACCCAGACAAAGUCACUAUCUUCGGCCAGAGUGCUGGAGGAGCGUCUGUUCAUUACCACGUCCUGUCCUCUUCCAGCAAAGGUCUGUUCAAGAACGCUAUAGCAAUGAGUGGAUCAGCCUUAAACCCUUGGGCCUUUUCCAAAAACUCCACAGACAGGGCAAUACGCUAUGCAAAGACUUUGGGAUAUACAGGGAAAAGUUCCAAUGACCUUGUAGAUUUUCUGACAACUGUAGAUUUUGGUUCUCUACUGAGUGAUGAAACAAUUGCUCUGUCCGAUGAGGACAGUAAGAGUUUGUUCACUUGCGUCUGGGUACCCAGUGCAGAACCUGAGCACGAGUCUGCAUUUCUAACGGAGGAACCGUGGACUCUGGUUGCCGAAGGACGCUUCACGUAUGUCCCUUAUAUGUCUGGUGUCACUGACCUGGAACAGCUCGCACAAGUCAUGAGUCACGGGGCGCUAUCUUCAGACUCACGAGUGAGAAACUUGGACGAGAACUUUGACGAGAUUGUGGGUUGUGAUCUAAGACUGCCCACGAGGAAAGAACGCUUGGAUGGAGCGCUUUCGGUGAAACAGUAUUACUAUAACGGCAGCGAGAUCACUAUGACAGAAAACUACACUACAGCUCUGUUCGAUUCCCACCUCUUUUUCGUGGAAGGAGUUGACGCCGUCAUCAGGAGCACUGCUCGAUAUUCCUCAGAGCCUGUGUUUUACUACGAGUUCUCGUUCAACGGUCCUCUCAGCUCAUUUCCUGGCGGAAUGGGGGCAGCCCAUGCUGACGACAUACAUUAUCUGUUCGCAACAUCGACUCUUGAUCCAGAUUCGGACGGGGGUAUUGUCCGGGCUCAGAUGACAGCUAUGUGGACUAACUUUGCUAAAUACGACAACCCAACACCGGAAGGAAACUCGCUUGUGACAGAAGUCUGGAACGAGUAUGACGAAUCGUCGCCGACAUACCUCGAGAUAACAUCUCCUCUUAAAACAGCGAAGAGUUUGUUUGGUACAGAUAUGAAUUUCUGGCACGAUCUGCUGCCGUAAACACAAAUUUCCUUGUGCGGUUUAAGGGAAGUUUGGUCAUUUAUUACGAAGUAAUCGUACUAAAAACGUAAAUAUCAGUCAGUGACUUCAUCAUAAAGUGAAAAAAGAUGACAGUCCUCUUCAUUAUAAAAUAUGUACUAAAUGCGUCUAA